CUCAUCUGUUAUUUGCAAGAAACGUCUUUUUGACGCAGGAAGAAAUGGCAAAUUUGAAGGGAAAAAAAAGGAAAGAGGGAGAAAAAAGAAAAAGGCCAGUCGCAGAAUUUCGGGCAAUUGCAAAGAGAUCGGAAAAGAAGUCUGGAUUUAAAAAAGAAACAGAAACACGCACGGAGGGGCUCGCUGGAUUUUGCACCUAGCGGCCAUCUCAGCUGGAAGCAAUUUGGGGGGGAUUUUUUAGUGGGGUUUUCGUUUUUGCAUCCAUGGAGUUACUUUGUAUCUACUCCUAAAAGGAGGGUAUCAUCUUCUGAUCCUGCGAGGGGGGGGAUGGUUCUCCCCCUCCGCAAUGGUACCGGAUUAAUUUUUGCAAAGGGAGAUUCCAGGAGCGGUUACAUUUCUGGAGCAUCUCUCCCCACACCUCGCUUGUAACCCGAGGGACAUUCUCAACUCUUGGAGGACGCUCUUUCCCAGCCCAAGAUGGAAGAGAAACGGCGAAAGUACUCGAUCAGCAGCGAUAACUCAGACACCACUGACAGUCAGACAACAUCAGCUUCAAGAUGCUCCAAAAUUCCAAAUACAAAAUCUGGUUGGUCAAGGCAGAAGGAGAAGAAGCCCUCAGAGGUUUUCCGUACCGAUCUGAUAACAGCUAUGAAGAUUCCAGAUUCUUACCAGUUGAGCCCAGAUGAAUACUACAUUCUUGCUGAUCCCUGGAGGCAAGAGUGGGAGAAAGGGGUUCAGGUGCCAGCCAAUACGGAAGCAAUCCCGGAACCAAUGGUUAGGAUAAUUCCUCUGCUAGAGGAUUCUUCACCACAGACCUCACCAAGCAAUCUUUCCAGCUCUGACAGUUUAGAUGUCACCAGGACAUACUCACAAAGAGUAAGUCGCUAUGACCUGGACGAAAUUGAUGCUUGCUGGUUGGAACUCUUCAACAUGGAGCUCAAGGAAAUGGAAAAGCCAGAAAUGGAUGAAUUCACCCUGGAAAGAGUGCUGGAGGAGUUAGAGACACUGUGCUAUGAGAAUAUGAACAUUGCCAUUGAGACAGAGGAAGGUCUCGGGAUAGAGUAUGAUGAGGAUGUUGUAUGCGACGUGUGCCGGUCACCAGAAGGAGAGGAUGGCAAUGAGAUGGUCUUCUGUGACAAAUGCAAUGUCUGUGUGCAUCAAGCAUGCUAUGGAAUCCUGAAAGUUCCCAUUGGAAACUGGCUUUGCCGAACCUGUGCCCUGGGAGUCCAGCCAAAGUGUUUACUGUGCCCGAAGAGAGGGGGAGCUCUGAAACCCACCCGGAGUGGGACAAAAUGGGUCCACGUUAGCUGUGCCUUAUGGAUACCUGAAGUUAGCAUUGGAUGCCCUGAAAAAAUGGAACCCAUUACAAAGAUUUCACAUAUCCCAGCAAGCAGAUGGGCUUUGUCAUGCAGUCUUUGCAAGGAAUGCACGGGGACGUGUAUUCAGUGUUCCAUGUCUUCCUGCAUCACGGCAUUCCAUGUAACAUGCGCCUUUGAACACAAUCUGGACAUGCGGACACUUUUAGCAGAGAACGAUGAAGUGAAGUUCAAGUCAUUCUGUCUUGAGCACAGCAGCGGAGCCACUAAGCCCCCAGAUGAAGCCCGGGCGGAUGCAGAUCAAGGCAAGCUAGACUUGGAAAAGGUAACACUGAGGAAGCAGAAGCUCCAGCAAUUGGAGGAAGACUUCUAUGAUCUGGUGAAGCCCUCCGAGGUGGCUGAGAACCUUGACUUGACUGAGUGGCUGGUUGAUUUCGUCUAUCAGUACUGGAAGAUGAAAAGGAAAGCCAAUUACAACAAGCCCCUGAUGAUACCCAAAACAGAUGAGGUGGACAACUUGGCUCAGCAAGAGCAGGACGUUCUGUAUCGACGCUUGAAGCUCUUCACACAUCUCAGGCAGGAUCUUGAAAGGGUUAGAAAUCUUUGUUACAUGGUGACAAGGCGAGAGAAAAUGAAGCACUCCAUUUGCAAACUCCAGGAACAGAUCUUCCAUCUCCAGAUGAAACUUAUUGAGAAGGAUCUUUACCCAGAGCAAACUGGGAAGAGAACAAAGGGAAGGAGAAAAGACCCAAAAAGAAAAGGAAGCGAUGACAGGAAAAGCAGUACUGACAAGAAAGAAAAAAGGAAACCAGCAAAUGAAUUGGUAUUGGGACAGCUAGGUUUGUCAACUUCCUUCCCCAUUGAUGGGACCUUCUUCAACAACUGGCUGGCUCAAUCUGUACAGAUUACCACAGAGAAUAUGGCAAUGAGUGAGUGGUCCUUGAACAAUGGCCAUCACGAAGAUACCACUCCAGGCCUUUCUGAGGAACUUUUACAAGAUGAAGAGACCUUGUUAAGUUUUAUGAUGGAUCAUUCCUUGAAGUCUCCAUUGAAGCAGGGUGACGCAACAAAGAAAGCAAAGAGCAAAAUGAGAACACACACUAAGAAGAAACCUGCAAGAAAUGGCUUGAAUGUAUUUAAGCGACACCAGGAAGAGGAUUCAAAUCAGUGGACUAAUGUGAGCUACGUGUCAGAUAACACCACAAAAACGUCAUCCCACGAUUUAAGGAACAGCAAAGCAGAGAAGGGUAUGGACAAACUUCAGCCAGAACACAAAGUGAUGUGUGAAGUCAAAAGGACAACUAGGAAGAGCUGUUCUCAUCUUUCACCUCCUCUUCCAAAAGCAAAUGAUUCUCAAGCCUCCCAGAGUCUGAUAACUAACCUAAGCAAUGAUGGGGAACCAGUGAAAUACGCUGCUUCUGAUCCCAAUUCCCUGGUUAAAGUGCCUGAUUCAUUAGGUUGUCCGAAAACAGUAGUGAGAUUCAAAUUACCAAAAGACGGCAGAGGGACACGGAGAUCACAGAACGAGAAGCCUGAGAUGGUUAAUGGACCUCCAGGAAGUGAAAAAUCAAAGGUUAUCUUACACCAUUUUGACAAUGAGACUGAUGGUUACUUUUCGGAUGCAGAAAUGAGUGACUCUGACACAGAAUCUGGUAGUGGCAGAGGGCACCAUAGCCAGUUAGAUUCAGGAAAUGAGGAUAAUUUCAGAAUGAGUAUUUUGGCAUCGUAAUACGCCAGUCGGACCAAUUGUGACAGCUCUUGUGAGGCCUAAAUACAGUUACAACUGCCAUGUCCAAUUUCCGCCUGGUAGCAUAACAGAGGUUUUCAGUUUGUUUAUUUGUUUGUUUUUAAUUUGUAUAUAUAGUUCAAAAAUGAGCACUGUUGUUUUUCCUCUUCUCUAUAUGCCUGAGACACAGCUCAAAGCACCACCAACAUAGACUUAUAUACUGUAACAGUAGCUAGCCCUUCUUAGUCAAAUCUUGCAUUUCCUGGUUAAACAAAACGCAAGCAUGUGCAUUAUUAGGGACUUAUCGCUUGCUGGUAGUGAGCAGGACAUCUUAGAAUUUUAAUGAGGAGGUGUGAGAUUGCCAGUACCUGUUGUUCAUGCAGGGAUGACAGCUUUAUGGGCAUUAUUUAAACCAAGCGAAUAGAUUUCAUGGUCUGCCUGGUGUUAUUGCCUCUGUUUGGCAGGGUACAGAAUGGGAGUACUACUAAGGUAGCCAACUAUAUACACAGAACUUAAUGGAAAAGUAAGUGUGUGUGUGUGUGUGUGUGUGUAUGCGUGUGUGUGUUUGCACGCACACGCUUGUCUGUAGGAUUUGUCAGCAUGUAUGUAUGUCUCUGUGUUAGCAACUAUGAAGUAAAAUAAGCGAAUUUUUUUUAAAGAAGCACAACAAGCUUAUUUGAAGAAAGCACUUAAUAGGUGGAGGAAAACAACAUUGUAUUUAUGGUCUAUUAAAUCCUUGAUUUUUCUUUCUCACCUCUCCAGUUCAAUCAGAGUCCGUCCAAAGGGCCAAGAACCAAGAUUUAGCCCUAUCACUCCAACUAUCAGCUGGGCAGCACUAUAAACACUCAUCCAAGGCUCACAGUAGAUAAAAGAAUUGCAUAUCUUUGUUAAAGCUGCUCUAUUGUCUAUCAGUAUCUCUCCUGAGUAACUUUGGAUAUUAUUUAUUGGUAAAACAUAAACCUUUGGUUAUUUGAAGCAAUUCCCAUAAUUUCCUCAGGUUGAUUAAAGUAGCCUUUUACCAAAACACUUGGGCCAAAAUAGAGAUCAGCGGGGGACAUAAACCAGAUAGGGAAAUAGUUCAAAGUUUUCAAAAAUCGUCACCAACUGGGUUCAGUUCCCAACCUUGAAAAAGAGGUCAAGUCUGUACUUUCAGCAUAAACAGGCAAAUAAUGGCUCUACCUGUUCUGGGAGCAAAACAUAUAAGCUUCCUCUGUACAGAAAUGGUCAUUUGGUUGUAGACAUCCUUGAGAGGCUAUUUGCCUUUGCCACUUUGUUUCUUUCUCUAAACGUUGUAACUAAAUUGAUGAGCUUCUCCCCUUUCUAUCUUUCCAUUUCAAAAGUAAAAUCCUAAAAGCAAGCCGUUGACUCAUCAUAGGAGGGUGAUUCACAGAAUUCCGCAUUCUAAAUAUUUCAGUAAUGUUGUGCAGAAAUUGUCUUUAAUAAGCCUUAAGUGUCGUUCAAAAGCCCAUGUUACCUAUGAGUCACACAGAUCUCCAUGUUUGCACUUAAUUACACCAUUACUUCAAUUUUGGCUUCAAAGGUCACAGUUAAGGUUUGCUACAUGCUUUAUGGGAGUGACCCCAGUGUGAGCUCAGGGAACAAAAACAAAAAGAAAAGUGAAGUUCACUAAUACUUUUUGUUGUUGGUAUGUUGUUUUAAAUAUGUGUGUGUGUAUCUAUAUCUAUAUCUAUAUACUGGGACACUUCUGCUUGUUAACCCAUCACUGUCAAACUGGGGGAGACGAAGACCUUGCAGUUGUUCAGAUGAAUCAGUCAAAUUCUUUUAUGGAUGCCAAAGAAUAUUUUGAGAAUAAAAUAGCACAGCCAGAAACAGGAAACUUGUUAUUUGAAAACAAAAAAAUGAAUGAAAGUUGUUUAACUACAAAAGGACUAAAUCCGUGUUCAUGACACAGCUGAGGCAUUAGAUUGCAAGCUUGCUGAAGAUGAUGCUUUUAUCAUUUGGACCACCUUCCACUAUUUUGAUUUCUGAUGCUCUUUGCUCAUUCCAAUCUGAGCAAUAUUGGUUUUAUGUUCUUUGAUGCCAAAUACUGGCUCUCCUUGUUUUUGUUUUUGUUUUUGAGAAUCAAGUCAUUUUACAAGCCUUCCAAGUCCUUAAUAUCACUCCAGUUGAGCUACAAUUUGGAAAAUCUUUAUUCUGAAAAGAAACCAAAAUCAAGAGCCAAAUACACGUGGUUUUCCCCAUGAUUUGUGAAGUUUAAUUUGCUAAAUUAUUUUUCAAAAACACUGACUGAAAUUGAACAAUUCGAUAUUAGCCUAACCCAUAUGGGUUGGUAAGUAAAUUCUACUUUUAAUUAAGGCUUGGUAUGUUCAGAUAAUGUUGAAUACAGUAAAUAGGACUUAGUUUUAUCUUAUCAAGCUUGCUAGGCUUUAGCUACAAUAUCCUAGUUAUGUCAUACAAAUAAUCAAUAUGCUGCCUUUUAAUGGAUCUUGCUUCCGUGUGCUUCAGUUCAACUAUAGCUUAAAAAAAGAGAAAAAAAUCAGAAAUCUCACUGUACACAGCUUCAUUCAUCAGCUACUGCAUUACUUGCCUGCUCACUUAGUACAGGACAGCAAAAGGGACAAACUUUAUGGCAAACUUUAAAGAACAACCAAACUAAACCAGCACCUAUCUUCUUUAUUUGGAUCAUAUGUAGAACUAUAAGACACUCCAUUGUUACUGUGAAUAAGUAAUUGUGAACCAAAACUAAAAAAUUUAAAAGAUGAAAAAGAAGAAAUACUUUACCCUGCUGUAGAAUCUUCACUGCAUUCAUAGGGCUCUGUUCAUAAAGUCUCAUGAACUGCUCCGUACACACCAUGGAGCUUCAUACCUGGAGCAUUCUUCAGAACUGAGGAGAAGGAUGGAACUACUGCUCACAUGGAACUACAGAGCUCAAUGGAAUUUUGGAUCACACACUUUGUAUGUCAUGCUUAUGUUCAUAGCUAUCAUGAUUUUGCAAUCAGAAUAUAAAAAGGGAGCCACAUUUAUUGGGUGGGGCUUUAUUGUAUGGGGAGUUAAAGCUGAAAAUGGAAGAAAAGGAUACAAAAGACUUCACUAGAAUUACUAGGAAACAGGAAUUCAGCAUUAGUUCUAACUAGAAUGUCUAAUUAUCUCUAUUUGUAUCCAAAGGUACCUCUGUUCACUGAAAUGGCUUGGAUCCAGAGGAGGCUUCCACAAACAAAAGUCAGGGGAGGGGAGUUUUGCUGAUUCCCUCUACAGCUGUGCACCUCCUAUUCUUCAGAUUUUGUGUGAGGGGUGAAUCAGUAAAAAUCACACACACACACACAUCUAGUCAUUGAAGCCCCAUUGGAUCCAACCCGUGGACAACCAUACAAUAGGAUACAUACGCCUUUUACCUUGUUGCUAUGAUAAAGUGAUGAUAUUUUUGCAUAACUGCUAAGGAAUGUCUUGAUUUGGAUUCUUCAAUGUGCUUGUACUAUCAAGACUGUUCCUAAUUUGACAAUUGGUCUCUACCGAUAUGUUGAAGGACAGCGAGUGCCUUGGAUCCAAGCUACAGUCUCUGGAGUUGUAGAAGAAGCCCUGCAAGCUGCCACUUCACUAGUGUAAUGUGGUGCAACUGUGUAGUGAAGCAAGUGCUCCAGAUCUGGGGUUAGUUCAAGCUCCUCUCCAGCACCUGAGUUUUGGUAUACCUGGCUGACUACGCUAACAGGUUGCUCUACGCAAAUGGCAUUUCUAAUGAAAAGGGACUAUGUUCUGAUAGUGAAAAUCCGCCUCUGGUUUAUUUUAAAUAAUUUCCAUCACUGAUUCUUUUAUACGGUUUCCAAUAGUGUCACUAUGAUCCUGGAUAUUAGCUUGUGCUCAGUGGCCAGUUAUGUGAAUAUUAAUCAAAAUUCUUUUAAGAAUAACUCCAAUCUUCUUUUGCUGUUUAGCACCUGAUAUUUUUCCUUCAGAAACAACAAGAAAGAUUUGCAUAAAAGAAGAAGAAAUUGUACAUGGAAAGUAUUUUUGAUGCACUGUAAAUGUAUUUUGAGAUGAACAGAAAAAAGCAUAAAUGGUCUAUUUUAUUAAACAAAGGUCUUUAAGAAGAUGUGUGAACUUCAAGCAUUGACAUUUGCACUGUAAAGGGUGAAUCCCAUUUCCUUUGGGAAGCAGCAUCAUGCUUAGGUAUUAACAUGGUAAUAAUGAUACUCCUUUUUGGUUCAUCAGUAAAAAUCACUUUGCUUUUAAAGCCUCAAUGUUGAAUGGAAUUUCCUAGAGACAAUUUGGAUUUUCCACACUCACUUUGCCUUCUUAGGUUUUCUGAGGUAGCUGUUUCGUGGCAUACAUUUUGAAUCGUUUGUAAAUUGAUGUGAUGAUUAUUAUUUUAAAAUGAAACAAAUAUUUGGUAGUGCUUUUCUUCAAAGCACAAUGGGGAAUUAGCCAUUUCUACAGAAGGGAAAGGGAAGGAGUUUAAUCCCGCCUAUUCUUUUUCCCUCAACUCCUCAAAAUCAAGUCUUGCAACCAGUCACAAAAAGACUCCAUCUCCUGUUACCAGGUAGGUGUGCUCAUUUGGUUGUUCUUUAAGGAAACUCAUUUAUACUUUGCGCCAUUCCACACAGACACAAAACAGGCCCACUCCACAUAUCAGUUACAGGAAACGAUAUGAAUGUCACAGGAGGCAAAGCCCUUCUGGUUUUCUUUGUUUCAAAGAAAGUGAUGUGCCAUUUGUUAAUAUAAAAGAGAAAUAUUGAAAAUAUAUUGAAAAGAGCAAUUUUAAAUUAUUUUUGGCUUAUGUUGCAAUAUUUAUUUUCUUGUAUUAGAAAUUCCUUUGUAGAGAAAAAUGUAUUUUUCAUUAAGGCAAAAACCUAUUUCUCCUUUUUGUACAUUUUCAUGUUAGUUAAUCCUUAAAGCAAUAUAAUGUAUCAAAGUUGUUCUGUGUGAAAGCUGUAUUAUGCAUGCUGUUUGUGUUGCCUUGGACUAGGUCUGUCUGCCAUAAUUUUCAUCAUGUUUCGAUUCAGUGUAUGCUUUAAUACACAUUGGGACCAUGGCCCAUUUGCUUAUGAAAAAAGAAAUACCUUUGCAUUCUUCAAUGUGUUGGCAAAUGCAGUCAAUAAAGCCGUGUUUUCUGUGUA